GCGUGGCAGAUGGCAGCGCUGGUUCCGCGGGAGCAUCGUGGUGGUUCCUGAGGCCAGGGGAUACUGGGGGACCUGCGAAGGGUCCCCGGCCGGUGGCUGCUGUCACCAGAGCAAAGUUUCGAACCUGAGGCCGAAUCCGGAGCCGGCAGUCGUAGAGGAGCUCGGAGAGGGCGGGAUUUCCGCCGGGAGGGAUCCGGCCACUCAGGGGGUGGGGCUUCCCCGACCGGGCUGCGUUUCCCGCGUGCGGGGCGGGGUGCCGUGGGUCCCUGCUGACACCCUCCGCGUCCUCCCCCAGGCGGCUAAGGAUGACCACGCUCACGCGCCAAGACCUCAACUUUGGCCAAGUGGUGGCCGACGUGCUGUCCGAGUUCCUGGAGGUCGCCGUGCACCUGAUCCUCUAUGUGCGCGAGGUCUACCCAGUGGGCAUCUUCCAGAAGCGCAAGAAGUACAACGUGCCGGUUCAGAUGUCCUGUCAUCCGGAACUGAACCAGUACAUUCAGGACACACUUCACUGCGUCAAACCACUCCUGGAGAAGAACGAUGUGGAGAAGGUAAUGGUGGUGAUUUUGGAUAAGGAACACCGUCCAGUGGAGAAGUUUGUCUUUGAGAUCACUCAGCCACCCUUGCUGUCCAUCAGUUCCGACUCCCUGUUGUCUCACGUGGAGCAGUUGCUGCGAGCCUUCAUCCUGAAGAUUAGUGUGUGUGACGCUGUCCUGGACCACAACCCUCCAGGCUGCACAUUCACAGUCCUUGUGCAUACAAGAGAAGCUGCCACCCGAAACAUGGAGAAGAUACAGGUCAUCAAGGACUUCCCAUGGAUCCUGGCAGACGAACAGGAUGUUCACAUGCAUGACCCCCGGUUGAUACCCCUAAAAACCAUGACGUCGGAUAUUUUAAAGAUGCAGCUCUAUGUAGAAGAACGGGCUCAUAAACACAGCUGAGGGCGUGCCUGCCACCCAGUGCCCAGCUGUCCCACUCUGGGGCCCCAGCCCAGGGCGGUGCUGCAGGGCUCCCUGACUCCAAGUGCUCUUAUCGCCUUGACAUGUGGCCGCCCCUCUGGCUGGGCUUCUCAAUCCUGCUUGACUUCCCAGGAGACCAGGGAAGGACGCCAGGACAGACACCAUUUCUCAGCAGCCUCCUGGGGCUUAGCCAGCUAACACUGUCCUUCUGAAAUACUGUGCUGAGUUAUUGUUAAUAAAGGGUCCCCAAAGGGC